CAAACCCACUUCAAAGCAACAAACAAAAUAACGCUUUGGAUUUAAAAUCUGUUGCGUCUCUUCAGUUGAACUCAAACCCAGAUAGAUAAUAGAGAGAGAGAGAGAGAGAGAGGGGCGGAGAGAGAGGGAGAUGACGGGUGUAGUGAUGGUUGCGAAAGGUGUUGGUUGCAGAGGAGAUGGUGGUGGUGGUGGCAAGGCAACGAGAGGAGCCGAGGACCAGAACCAGCUCUCCCUCGUUGCGUUUCUUGUAGCAGCUAUAAGGAAAUCCAUGGUCGCUUGCCGUGUCGAUCGGCAGGAGGAUGUCAUCUCCACCGUUCACCAGAUGGAGAUUGGAUGGCCGACCAAUGUCCGCCACAUCACCCAUGUCACCUUCGACCGCUUCAACGGAUUCCUUGGCCUCCCCGUCGAGUUCGAAGUUGAGAUCCCCGGCCGAGUUCCUAGCGCCAGUGCAAGUGUCUUCGGGGUAUCUCCAGAAUCAAUGCAGUGUUCUUAUGACUCUAAAGGGAAUAGUGUCCCGACUAUUUUACUGCUAAUGCAGGAAAGGUUAUACUCACAAGGUGGUCUAAAGGCUGAAGGAAUAUUCAGGAUAAACCCCGAGAACAGUCAGGAAGAGCAUGUCAGGGACCAACUGAACAGGGGUAUUGUACCAGAAGACAUUGAUGUCCACUGUUUAGCGGGGCUGAUUAAAGCCUGGUUUCGAGAGCUUCCAGCAGGGGUCUUGGAUGAACUCUCCCCUGAAGAAGUUCUCCGGUGCAACACAGAAGAGGAGUGUGUGGAGCUUGUGAAGCAGCUCCCACCAACUCAGACUGCAUUACUCAACUGGGCCAUUGAUCUUAUGGCCGAUGUCGUUGAGGAAGAGGAAUCCAACAAGAUGAACGCAAGAAAUAUUGCAAUGGUCUUUGCGCCAAAUAUGACUCAGAUGUCUGAUCCAUUGACGGCUCUGAUGCAUGCUGUUCAAGUGAUGAACCUGCUCAAGACCCUGAUUACAAGAGCUCUGAGGGAACGUGAAGAGAAUGCAACAGGAGCGUAUUCACCCUUUUCAUCUCAUUCAUCGGAUUUGCAAACUGAUGAUGACUUCAACAGUCAGCAAGAGAUGGACACGAGCUGUGAAUCGAGGGGACCAGCUUCAGAUUACGAGGACCACACCCAUUACAGUCAGAGCAGCGCUGAUGAAUAUGAAGAUGACCCGCUGAAUGAAAUUGAGGAAUGCUUCUUGAGGCAGUUGGAUGAAAACGAAAAGCCCACAAAUGAUGCCCCUGAAAAUUCAGUUGGAGAACAUGGAAGCGAGCAAAUCAGUCCAAGCAGCUGCUCAGGUUUCAAUACAGAAUCUGGUUUCUCCUGCUCUGACAGUAAGAAUGAGAGUUCAGGCUUGGGUACAAGUGAUGGAGAAGACUCAGGGUCAAGUGAAACUUCUAUGCAAGAGGCAGCCUACAAACACAUCCCUUCAAAAGUAUGUGAAAGCAACAGAAGCGGCAGGGACAUGGAUACGGUGGUUCAGCGGAUGGAGUUCUCAAACGGCCCUUCAUCCACUAAUUGAUGUUUCACUUCAAAUUCUUACAAGUUGGAAAGCACUGGUUUGCAGGAAUUGAUUUUGUUUUUAUAGAAAUUGGAGCGUCUGCAAAUUCUACGCAGUGUUGGUCUUUCACCAACGACAUUUGGGAGUGCUUUGCAUGUGGUAAGGGACCCCUGUUCAGCUCAGGGCUGAACUUGUUGUGUUGUAUGUGGUAAGGGACCCCUGUUCAGCUCAGGGCCGAACUUGUUGUGUUGUAUGUGUAUCAUAAUUUCUGCUUAAAAUCUUUUUGAGUGUGAAUGAUGAUGUUCAGAAACCAAAUUCCACAUCUCUGUCAUAUGACACAAAAUUGACAAGGUGUGUAUCUACAAGGGUAGGGUGCUUUGUCUGUCUGUGCGGACCUGGUUCAGAACUAGGCCAAACUUGAACUUGUCUGUAUCAUUUGCAAAGGAUUGGGGGAAUAGUUGAAAUUGUAUGCUUCUUCUGUCAAACUUGAAUUUCUGCUUAAAAUC